AUGGACUUCCGACUAGCUUCGUGGAAUGUGCGCUCUCUCUAUAGACCUGGCGCCGUAUACCAAGUCAAAAAUGAGCUGCAGAGAUAUAACAUUGGGGUAGCAGCCCUCCAGGAAGUUCGGUGGCUGGGUACGGGAGAAUGUAGUGUAGAUAAUGAAGUUGUACUAUUUUACUGCGGUCCUGACAACGGACAACAUAGAAAAGGAGUUGGAUUUAUGGUUUCAAAGAAGGUGAUGGGGAACGUGAUCCGAUUUGAUGCCAUUUCAGAUAGACUAUGUGUACUUCGGGUGAAAUCAAAGCUCUUUAACAUCUCAAUACUAAAUGCAUACGCACCAACUGAAUUAGCGGAGGACAUUGCAAAGGACGAAUUUUACGAACAACUUGAAAUGGUAUACGAGCAAAUACCGAGCUUUGAUGUUAAGAUAGUGUUAGGUGAUUUCAAUGCGAAAGUGGGACGAGAGGAUAUCUUUAUACCGACAAUAGGAAGACACAGCAAGCACGACAUAUCCAACGACAAUGGUCUGAGACUCAUCAGCUUUGCUGCGUCUAAAGCUAUGGUGAUUAAAAGUACUAUGUACCCGCAUAAGGAUAUCUUCAAAGGUACUUGGAAGUCCCCGGAUGGCGUAACAAUCAACCAAAUUGACCAUGUCCUUAUUGAUGACCGCCAUAAAAGUUCAAUUCAGAAUGUUCGAGCAUUCAGAGGGGCCGAUUGUGACAGCGAUCAUUAUCUGCUAGGCGUAAAGGUUAAGGCGAAAAUUAAAGUAAACGGCAAAUUUAAACGCCAUAGCAAACCUCAAAUAAACACUGACAGCCUUAAAGAUAAAGUAAUUGCAGAAAAAUUUGAAUUUGAAUUAAGAAGUAGAUUUCAAGGUCUACCACUAGCUGAUAACGUAGACGAGCACUGGGAGAGCAUCAGAGAUAAUGUAAAGGAGGUGGCAUUUAAGGUGAAGGCGGAAGAAAAAGAAGAAAAGGAAGAAGUGGUGGAAUAA